GGCGAUACAAGUAUGACGUUUGUUUUUCUUUUGUCGAUUUCUCUAAUGUUAGAAAAUUAAAAGCAGUAUUUCCAAAAGGUUUAUCGAAAAUUAAUUUAAAAUGGCGUCCUCUGAUGCAAUUCAAGUAAGCUCACUGCCAUUACCUCCUGUUCAGUAUAUAAAUUUGUAUACCGAUGAGAAUGUAAGACGGAAUAGAACUCCAAGGCCACCACCACCUAUUCAUGACAAUUAUUCCAUGUUUGGCAACAUUUUUAAUGCUGAUGAUACAAUAAUUAGGCCUCUCGAGGCACAAGGAAUAAAAAGAUUAUAUCCGCAACAUUUUGAUAGAAGGAGAGAGCUCAAGAAGCUUAAUCAUUCCCUUCUAGUGAAUUUUUUAGAUUUGAUUGAUUUAUUAGUGCUCUGUCCUGAUAGUCCAAGGAGAGCUGAAAAGGUCGAAGAUUUAAGUUUAUUAUUUAUUCAUAUACACCACUUAUUAAAUGAAUUUAGACCACAUCAAGCACGUGAAACACUCAGAGUAAUGAUGGAAUUACAACGAAGACAACGAACUGAAACUGCACUUCGAUUUCAAAAACAUUUAGAGAAGGUUCAAGAAAUCUUGCAAAAUGCAUUACAAAUGUUGCCAGAUACCUCGGAUUUAGAUUCUAAACUAUCUAUUAAUAUCGAAGGUAUGGAAAUAGACAGUGAUUUAAGUGCAGAACAACAUGCUGUUGAUCCAUGUAGUCAGAGUGAUCGUAUAAUGUGCAAAGUUAUCGAUGACAUGUUGUUAUCGAAUGGCUUAUACUAAAGACUGAUUUAUUUAAGUAUUUAUUGUAAUUUUACUUUUAAGAUAUUGAAUUAAGAAUGAGUAUAUUUUUGAUGUCUAUAAAAUAGUAAUACAAUAUGUCCAUUAAAAAACUGUUUAUUACCAUAAUAAGGGUAUAUCUACAAACUUACAGAAGUAGCAUAACAUUUUGAAAUUCGAUGUGACUAAUGGAGAGGAAGGAAAAAGGGUUUUGAGAAAAACCAUGAAGACUCACCUUAGCGAUGAUUAUUGUGAAUGCUCUAUAUUAGAAACAAUUUGUAUAAUUUCUCUGCUCUAGGUUAAUCUGAAAUAGAAUAAGACUAACAUAUGUUCCAUCACGGCUCUGGAAUAACUGAUUAAAUAGUUUUAAUAUUUA